UUACGUGCGGAUGGACAUACACCGAUGACGUACACGACUCUGCUAUAUAAGACAGUGCCAGUCUAAGCUACAGCAGUUCCCUACCGGAAGACAAAAGGAAGUGAUAUCGUGAGAGCGUAACGCGAACUAUUUGCUGCAUUUCUUAUUGUGGAAACAUGCAGAUCUUUGUGAAAACCCUUACUGGCAAGACCAUCACCCUAGAGGUGGAGCCCAGUGACACCAUUGAGAAUGUCAAGGCUAAAAUCCAGGACAAAGAAGGCAUUCCCCCUGACCAGCAGAGGUUGAUCUUCGCUGGCAAGCAGCUGGAAGAUGGCCGCACCCUGUCUGACUACAACAUCCAAAAAGAGUCCACUCUCCACCUUGUCCUGCGUCUGAGGGGUGGCAUGCAGAUCUUUGUCAAGACCCUCACUGGUAAGACCAUCACCCUGGAGGUGGAGCCAAGUGACACCAUCGAGAAUGUGAAAGCCAAGAUCCAGGACAAGGAGGGCAUUCCCCCCGACCAGCAGAGGUUGAUCUUCGCUGGCAAGCAGCUGGAAGAUGGCCGCACCCUCUCUGACUACAACAUCCAAAAAGAAUCCACCCUCCACCUUGUGCUGCGUCUGAGGGGUGGCAUGCAGAUCUUCGUCAAGACACUCACUGGUAAGACCAUCACCCUGGAGGUGGAGCCAAGUGACACCAUCGAGAAUGUGAAAGCCAAGAUCCAGGACAAGGAGGGCAUUCCCCCCGACCAGCAGAGGUUGAUCUUCGCUGGCAAGCAGCUGGAAGAUGGCCGCACCCUCUCUGACUACAACAUCCAAAAAGAAUCCACCCUCCACCUUGUCCUGCGUCUGAGGGGUGGCAUGCAGAUCUUCGUCAAGACCCUCACUGGUAAGACCAUCACUCUGGAGGUGGAGCCCAGUGACACAAUUGAGAACGUCAAGGCAAAAAUCCAGGACAAGGAAGGCAUUCCCCCUGACCAGCAGAGGUUGAUCUUCGCUGGCAAGCAGCUGGAAGAUGGCCGCACCCUCUCUGACUACAACAUCCAAAAAGAAUCCACUCUCCACCUUGUCCUGCGUCUGAGGGGUGGCAUGCAGAUCUUCGUCAAGACCCUCACUGGUAAGACCAUCACCCUGGAGGUUGAGCCCAGUGACACCAUUGAGAACGUGAAAGCUAAGAUCCAGGACAAGGAGGGCAUUCCCCCUGACCAACAGAGGUUGAUCUUUGCUGGCAAGCAGCUGGAAGAUGGCCGCACCCUGUCUGACUACAAUAUCCAGAAGGAGUCCACUCUCCACCUUGUGCUGCGGCUGAGGGGGGGCAUGCAGAUCUUCGUCAAAACCCUCACUGGUAAGACGAUCACCCUGGAGGUUGAGCCCAGCGACACCAUUGAGAAUGUCAAGGCUAAAAUCCAGGACAAGGAGGGCAUUCCCCCUGACCAGCAGAGGUUGAUCUUCGCUGGCAAGCAGCUGGAAGAUGGCCGCACCCUCUCUGACUACAACAUCCAGAAGGAGUCCACCCUCCACCUUGUCCUGCGUCUGAGGGGUGGGCAGCCUCCUGGAUCCUCAGAUCAGCUGCUGUUGACUGUUCCACCAUGUACAAACAUGCAGAUCUUCGUCAAGACACUCACUGGUAAGACCAUCACCCUCGAGGUUGAGCCCAGUGACACCAUCGAGAAUGUGAAAGCCAAGAUCCAGGACAAAGAGGGCAUUCCCCCUGACCAGCAGAGGUUGAUCUUCGCUGGCAAGCAGCUGGAAGAUGGCCGCACCCUCUCUGACUACAACAUCCAGAAGGAGUCCACCCUCCACCUUGUCCUGCGUCUGAGGGGUGGCAUGCAGAUCUUCGUCAAGACUCUGACUGGCAAGACCAUCACCCUGGAAGUUGAGCCCAGUGACACCAUUGAGAAUGUCAAGGCUAAGAUCCAGGACAAGGAGGGCAUUCCCCCUGACCAGCAGAGGUUGAUCUUCGCUGGCAAGCAGCUGGAAGAUGGCCGCACCCUCUCUGACUACAACAUCCAAAAAGAAUCCACCCUCCACCUUGUCCUGCGUUUGAGGGGUGGCAUGCAGAUCUUCGUCAAGACCCUCACUGGUAAGACCAUCACCCUGGAGGUUGAGCCCAGUGACACCAUUGAGAACGUGAAAGCCAAGAUCCAGGACAAGGAGGGCAUUCCCCCUGACCAGCAGAGGUUGAUCUUCGCUGGCAAGCAGCUGGAAGAUGGCCGCACCCUGUCUGACUACAACAUCCAGAAGGAGUCCACCCUCCACCUUGUGCUGCGUCUGAGGGGUGGUCAAUAAAUGAUUCCAUGUUUUUACCUGAUUAACAUGACAGCCUAAUUCAAUAAAAGAUGAGAGAUUAACAUAUACAA